GAGCAACACGAGCAACCUGAGCAACCUCGAUUGGAAAACCUCCCCAAAGAGAUUCUACUGAAUAUCUUCGAAUUCUGCACCACGGACUCGUUACAGGCCAUGGCCACGAUGAACGCCGAAUUCGCCACCCUCAUCCUGACCAGUUUCAAUCUGAAUGAUAAGCGCUUGCAUAUUAAUGCACUACCCACCGAGUUGUUGCUCCAUAUCUUCUCGUUCUUGGACCGCAAAUCCCUGGCUCAAGCGUCCAAGGUGAACCGGAGAUUUCAAGAUGUGGCUUAUGACGACAGUCUAUGGGUCAAUAGUGCCCGUUUGUGCCUGGUCACCAAUACUAGCCAUGAAUCGAUCCAAAAUCGAUGCCGUGAUUUGCCCUCGGCUCGAGAUCGGGUUCGUGUGUCCCGGAAUUGGCUGGAUCGGCGAUAUUCCGAGACCUUGCUCUUGACCCAAGAGGUCAAGUACAUGCCGCGAAUUCAAUUGGAGGAUCGGCACUUAUGGGUCAGUUGGGGCAAUCGCAUCUGGGCCCAUCCCCGAAUGGACCAGGGUCGUGUCAAGCGCACCACAACUCGGGUGCUCAAAGGUCAUAACGAUGAUGUGUCCCGAUUUGUGGUCAAGAACGGCAUCAUCGUAUCCGGCGGACGGGAUCGUGCUCUAGUGGGUUGGCAAUCCGAAACCGGUCGGUUCCUCUUCGCUAAACGGAACUGUCAUCAAAGCGAGAUCUCGGCCGUGGAUUUAGUGACCAAUAGUGGAGUCAUCGUGACCGGCUCGCGUGACAAGUUAGUCAAAAUCUGGUCCUACGACGCGUCUAAAGACAACUUUCCCGCCUUGUAUGAGACCAUCGACACUGCAGAUCGUGUUUGGUCAUUAGAGGCCAAUCCCAUGGGAGAUUGUGUGGCCAUUGGAACAGCAGGAUGGGGAGGUGUGCCGUCGCUUCAUCUGUUGGAUUUGAACACGACCCGGCCUUUGUUUCCCGUUUCACAGGGUCUCAAACGCGGAGCAGGCAUUCUGGACCUUCAUUGGAUGUCCAACCAGACGUUCCUCUCGUGCGGGUAUGAUACCACGGCCAGACUCUGGGAUCUUCGAACGGGGUCUUGGGAACGCGUUUGGACCGAACCUUUCGAUGAGGCCGUGUAUUGUCUAGCCACGGACAAGAACAUGACCUUGAUUUGCGGGACUGCCCGGCACGGUCUCGUUCGGUUGUGGGACAUGCGUCAGGAGAAACCCGUGCAGAUGUAUUAUACCAAGCACCCGCACAACGGCCAGUCCAGUCCAGUGUACAGUGUUGCGUUUGACCCUUUCCACUUGUACGUGGCCCUGGAUCAAAGCCUGAGCCUGCUUUCGUUUUCCGGAUUGGACAAUAAUCGGAAGGGUCAAUACCGAUUUUGAGAUUGCCUUUAAAUUCAUCUCCAUGUUAUUGUUGUUAAAUAGUUAUCCUCCAAGAAUUAUCGCGUGACAUCCCAAAUUAUUCGUGCAUACAUAUAUACAUAUAUAUAUAUAUUCUUCUCAGUCAGCCUCCAGAAAAGAACUUAAAAAUACACCAAACCCAAAACUUGA